AUGUCCAAAGCGAGCUCGAGCACGCGCACCCCAAUGGCCACCUCAGAUACCAGCUUCCGAACACCACAGUCCUCGUCGAAACCUCUCAAUGAGUCCGCAAACAUAUCAGUCACCGAUGCUGGAUCUGCGCUUUCCUCGCGCUCUGCUUCGCCGGCACCAGCAGAUAAAGAGCUCCGCCAGCUUGAAAGCGUGUCUGCACAUCACACGCGCUGCCAUGGCAGAGGCCGACAGGAUGUCCAGAUCGUAUUGACGGCAUGUGGAUACAACAGAGAGAAUGUUGCAGUUGCAGAGACUGACAUCUCAGACGCCUCGAUGAUGCGCAGCGCGAAUCUGGGGCAGGCCCCAAACACCCAAAGCGCCGAACGCCACCCAUCAGAAGCAGAACAUCCCAAACACAACCCAAUCUCCACGACAGCCAACCCGAACAUCUGCAUCCCACGCCACUACAAUUCAACACCCACACACGACACCCACCGCCCUCGCUCCCCGCAACUCGCCAUUCCAGCAUCAUGCAUCGACCUCCAAAACGCACAAAUCCGCCUCCGCAAGCUGUUAGUCUCGAAACGCGACCUGGACGCCGCGCUCGAGGCUGAGCUUGAGGCGUGGCGGAGCGCGCUUGGUCGAUGUCGCAGUGGUGACAGUAGCAGGAGCAGUAACAGUAACAGUAGCAGCGAGAACACAUGUGCACAGGCAGAAAUAUAUACUGCGGCAGACGAUGCGUGUGUGGAAGGUGAUGGCACCUGUAGACCAAACACGAGCGGUGGAUGCGGAUCGGGAUCUGGACGGAUACCAACACUGACUCGCUACGCAGACUCUGAUGCCGAUGAAGAUGGCAACGACGAUGAUGAAGACGACGACGACGGCAUAUUCCGCAAACUUGCCCUCCGCGCGCUUCUAUGUACGAGCCUGAACGUCGGCGUAUGGGCUGCCGGGCUGGAUCUGGGCGGGUAUAGUGCUGCGAUGGGUGUGUUUAUGGGCUGGUGUGCUAAGCCAAUUCCAAGCUCUCCGAGCCAAUCAUCGCUCUGUGUUGUUAUGUUCUCGAUGGUUUUCCAUUACCGCCACCAGUCCGAUAUCAACGCCACUAAGCCUCAAAGCUUCCAAGCCAUCAAGCCGUCAAGCCUUCAAAGCCUCGAAUCCCCACCUUCUGCACUUGGCGUCCCGGGGGCCGGAUCUCGACCCGAUAAGAAGGAGAGCAACCUCGAACGCAUAAACAAAAGAAGCCCCCGAUGCACGUUUGAGCGCAGGCAAGAGAAAGCCCCCGAAAGCGCCAAGACUGGCGGAGCCGGCCCUGGCACGGCCCCAUGA